UGUUUCGCAUUUACUGUUAUGGCGAUAAUGUUUAUAAAUGAAAUAUUUUGAAAAAUAUGUUGAAAUAACGUGUACUAUGAAAGCAUACAACCUAAUUUACAUUAAAGUUUUAUGUUUAUAAUUUGAGGCCCCGUUCUGUGUUUAAAAUGGAUUUACCGCAACCUCCUACUGAUCAAGAAUUGAAGAAUAUUAUUGACAAACUCGCUCAAUUUGUUGCUCGAAAUGGACCAGAAUUUGAACAUAUGACAAAGCAGAAACAAAAGUAUAAUCCCAAAUUUUCAUUUUUGUUUGGUGGUAGCUACUUCCAUUACUAUCAAUAUCGUGUGACAACUGAACAAGCUAUUUUAAAACAAAAAGAACGCAGUUUAGAACAGCAGGCAAUUGUUCAACAGGCACUCAAUCGUCAAUCGAUUCAAACUGCGCCUUGGCAACAGCACAUUCAUCAGUUACAAGAUACCUCUCAGGAACAGAUCAGACAGAGUGAACAGAAUCUCGCUGCUCAGCAUCAAUUGUUGCUGCAACAGCAACAGGUUCAAGUAGAUGAAGUAAUACGUAAAGCCCAGGAUGAAAAAUUAAGUAAAUUAGCAUCAGAGAAUGAACUAGACCUUAAAGAAUUAGAUGGCAUACUACAACCAAUUAUUGAUAGUUGCACAAAAGAUUCUAUAUCUACUGGGAAAGGAUGGAUAUUUUCUCAUGGGACUACAUAUGCUAAAUCUGAAGUCAUUAUCUUAUAUAUUUUAAAAAGAGUUACAGAACCUGGUGCUACAUUUGAAGCGAAACUGCAUCUUGUGUAUUUAAUCAAUGAUGUACUUCACCAUUGUAUUCGUAAGAAUGCAGAAGAUUUAAAGAAAAUAUUAGAAACGGCUGUUGUUCCGAUAUUUUGCUCUACCAGUAUAGGUGUUGAGGCUGAUAAACAACAAAAACUUUCAAAGCUUCAUAAGUUGUGGGAAACAAACAAAUAUUUUUCUCAGACUAUUCUAGAUCAACUUCAAAAUCCAGCAGCAUCUUUAGCAGCAUACCAGGCUGGUUUAAUUGCUGAAUAUGCAACCUUGAUCACACCUAUCACAGCUGCCAUUCAAACUCAAUAUUCUAUACUGCAGAAACAGCAUCAAGAUUUUGUCGCACAUUUAUCAGGACAAAUGCAGCAGAUGCAGGUUCAAGUAGAUGAAGUAAUACGUAAAGCCCAGGAUGAAAAAUUAAGUAAAUUAGCAUCAGAGAAUGAACUAGACCUUAAAGAAUUAGAUGGCAUACUACAACCAAUUAUUGAUAGUUGCACAAAAGAUUCUAUAUCUACUGGGAAAGGAUGGAUAUUUUCUCAUGGGACUACAUAUGCUAAAUCUGAAGUCAUUAUCUUAUAUAUUUUAAAAAGAGUUACAGAACCUGGUGCUACAUUUGAAGCGAAACUGCAUCUUGUGUAUUUAAUCAAUGAUGUACUUCACCAUUGUAUUCGUAAGAAUGCAGAAGAUUUAAAGAAAAUAUUAGAAACGGCUGUUGUUCCGAUAUUUUGCUCUACCAGUAUAGGUGUUGAGGCUGAUAAACAACAAAAACUUUCAAAGCUUCAUAAGUUAUGGGAAACAAACAAAUAUUUUUCUCAGACUAUUCUAGAUCAACUUCAAAAUCCAGCAGCAUCUUUAGCAGCAUACCAGGCUGGUUUAAUUGCUGAAUAUGCAACCUUGAUCACACCUAUCACAGCUGCCAUUCAAACUCAAUAUUCUAUACUGCAGAAACAGCAUCAAGAUUUUGUCGCACAUUUAUCAGGACAAAUGCAGCAGAUGCAGAUACCCGUCCCAUAUGCAUUCCAAUCUCCUGCCAUGAUGAUCCCUGGGCAGCAAGCAGUAGCAGCAGCAGCAGCGCCUUAUAUCCAGCCUGCAGUGAUUCCAUAUGAAUCACAAGCCAUGCCUCAAGUACCUCAAGCACAGGAAAUUAUACCUCAGCCUAGUCAAUUACCAGAAGAAGCACCAAAACCUAUAAAUGAUGUUGCUCCUGAAAACACUCCAGUUGUUCCAGAAGCAGAAAAACCUGAUGUGAAAAAGGAAUCUUUGCCUGAACCAUUGCCUGAUGAACCACUUCCAACAGAAGAAAGGAUGCCUGAUUAUGCAGAUGUUGAUAAUCAUAGACCAGAUCCAAUAAAUUGCUUCCCAGAAUCUGACGAGCCUCCUGUGGGUGGUCACGGAAUUGACUAUAUCCCCCCUGACAUGCACGAGCCCUAUGGCUUGCCUCCCGAUAUGCCUGUGAGGCAUUCUAAUGGCCGCGGCCCGAUGGGAAGCUCUCACUAUCCAGAUGACUAUUCUCCACCCUACGGUAUGCCACAUCCGAGGUAUGGUCCAGAACCAGAAUAUGGACUGACGCCUCCACAUUCAUCACAUUAUGGACGCCACAUGCCUUACAGAGACAUUCCACCCAUAGGACCUCAUGAUAUGCCUCCAGACUACUUGGAACCUGCACUGCCUCCUUGUCAGCCCCCAUACUACGAUUUGCCUGCUGGGCUCAUGGUUCCAUUGAUAAGACUGGAAGAUACAGAUUAUAAUAACCCAUUAGAGCCCGAUGAUGUGCAACUGCCCCCUCCAGCUUUGCCCACGGAACGUUUAUUAGCUGCAGUUGAACAAUUUUACUGUCCUCCUACGCAUGAGAGAACGCGAAACAAUGCAUAUGUUAUUUCAAGUGAAGGAUGGGAGCAGCUUGGUUUGUAUGAAUUUUUCAAAGCUAAGACGCAAGCAAAGAAGCAAAAAGGUCUCCCUACAGAUGAGAGGGACUACAGUUGUUCUAUGGAUCUCCCAGCAAUGAAAGGAUAUUCUGAACAGCCAAAAAAUCCCCGUAGACGAUACAGAGAAGUGAAAAGCCCUGAACCAGAAAGUGCACCUCCGCCUCCUCCUCCUCCUCCAGUGAAGAAUGGUGGGAAGGGCAAAAGGCGGUCAAGAUCGAUCUCCAGGUCCCGCUCCAGAUCUCCGGAUGUCCCCUUUCGUCGUUCUUCAAGGUCACCUUCACCCCAAAGAGUACACUUUCAGAGGUCGAGGGGGCGAUCGAGGUCUCGGAGUCCGGAAGACAAGAGACGAACUUCUCCAGACUCUCGAGAGAGACGUGGUGGUUCCCCAGACUCUCGAGAGAGACGAGGUGGUUCCCCAGACUCUCGAGAGAGACGUGGUGGCUCUCCAGACUCUCGAGAGAGACGUGGUGGUUCUCCAGAUCGAGACAGGAGUCAGUCCCCUCCUCCAUCCUUCAACAUGGGUUCAUCAAAUUCACACGAACGAGAUCGUCGCUUGGAUGAAAGCAAUAAAGGUCAUCAGCUUCUUAAAAAGAUGGGUUGGUCUGGUGCUGGACUGGGAGCGACAGAGCAAGGAAUACAGGAUCCUGUAGACGCUGGUGAUGUCAGAGAUCGUCAAGAUAUGUACAAAGGAAUUGGGUCAAACCUCAAUGAUCCUUAUGAGAACUUUAGAAAAAGCAAAGGUCAAGCCUUCAUCAAUCGCAUGAAAGCCCGAGCAGAAGAGCUGGGCAAAAUGUAACCAUUAAGAUUCAUAAAGUCAUAUUCAAUAAAAUUACAUCUUUUUAUAUCAUUG